AUCAAUGCCUAAUCCGCCAGAGGUCAAAAGCCAUGCAGACAACCUUCGUUGCAGAUUCGAGACCGUAGCCAAAAGUGACUUUCCCAAUCUAACCCAACCCCAGAUCGUUCGUCACGAGCAACAGCGACUUCCAUGGACGAGGUGCGACAGCACGGCGAACGACACAGCUAGCCUGUCGGACGUUCUGACUGACGAUGAGACCAUCAGCAUCAAGGCCAGCAACAUAGAGCCUCCAUACUCCCCGAUACACUGUCUGGUUAGUGAAGAGUCCAACGGCUCGCAGUCAUCCUCCAUGUCGCUGUCGCCAACCCCACUCGCUGACGAAGGAAAUGUGACAAGGGGCAUGAUGAAAGAAUCGGCAAGCCUGAGAAGCUUACAGCCUCCUCGCGGCACUGUGGACCAUGCUGCGAGUACGGAUCGAGGAGAGGACUUCCAAGCCGGGUCGAGCAACACCGCGCUUACAGAGCGGGGAGAGCGAAUCGCGCACAAAUCAUGCACGACAUGCGGCUUCGGCACCGAUGAACUAUUACAGCUCUGUGAGAAAGCGCUGCAAUUCCAUCGACACGACAAGAUUGCCUGGAAUACGUUAGUCAAUGAUAGUCAUGCGGUGUUUUCGGAGGAGAAGAAUGCGGCCAUGCUGAGGAUCAGUCUCUGGGCAAUCCGAGACUAUGCUAUGACGAUGAGGAGAAAGCGAGUUGAUGGCGGUGCUGCUGCAAGAAGCAGGGACGGCUUGACCUUGUUCGGGCCACACAACACCUCUUCAAGCGACAGAUCCCGAAGAACCGUCUGCACUCCUCCACGAAGUCACACGGACCACACUUCUGAUGAUGCGUUGUACCUCAGGGAGAAGGAUGGUCAUUUGGGACACACCAGUGAUCAAGACUAUGUAGACGGAGAGCCAUGGGGAAGACCGGCCAAGAGACGACGUGUCAUGUGUCAUAAGCCUUGGAGUCCUCGACAGGAGCAGACUCUGCGAGCGGGGAUGGAACAAGAGCGGAGCUGGGAAGAUAUAGCCACAAGACUGGACCGAACGCCUGGAGGAGUGAGGCAGAAUUGGAUGAUGAUGGAGCGCAUUUUCUGUCGGAGGAAGCGUCGAAUUUGGAGUCCAUCGGACUGAUGGGUCUCUAUGUAAUCGAACGAGAAGAGUCCAUGGGCACAACUAUACAACAGACAGGAUGUACCAGCCAGGCAAAAAUAAACACCUGGAAGGUAGACCUGACAAAAAAGCAGAGAGAUAUACGACCAUACUUUUCUUCCUCGAGGACCCUGUAUUCCUGAGAGAAGAUCAAGAUCGCAGAAGU